AAGGACUUGAAAGGUCCAAGUACCUGAGAAAGCUCAAGAAAUGAAGAACCUGGAUCAAGCAGCCGGUCAAUUCUUUCUCUUGGUAGCAGCUUAUUCCUGCUUCUGUUCCUCUUGACCGCCGAUUCUCCUCCUCCAGCCAAAACCUCCAAAAAUAAGCAAGACGCAGGGGGGAAAAGGAACCCAACCCACAUCAGAAUUCUCAGUUUCUCACACUACGAACAUCAGAAAAUUUCCCAUUUCUUACUUGGUUUAUGUUGGACUGGAGCUGGGAAAUGAGAGACUCCAUAGCCAUAGAGUUGCGGGAAAACGACUCGGAAGUCCUGUCCACCCCAUCGGGAAGAACCCCAAAGCUGAAACCUCUUGUGCAGCGCAGAAGAUGAAACGAGGUCGACUUGGAUGCUAAAGAAGCCGAAGCAAUUCUUCUCGCCACAAUCCUCAACAUAUCUCCCCUUCUCAACGUCUCCCUCGUUUUUCCUCCAAAAGUAGGGAUCUUGCAGUUUCUAUCCACUCUGUACUUCGUUCUUCUUCUUCCCUUCCCGACGGUAUUUAUUAUAUAUGUAUGUGCCUUUUCUCCGCUUCUUCUCUCUUUCUUCAAUCUUCAGUGAUCGGAUGCAGUAGGUGUCAUCCUCAUCUAAUCCAUUGCUGCGUUGGCCUGCUCUAUUGCCUAAUAAUCAUGUGUGUUUUUCUUAUAUUUUUUCGAUUCUCUCUCUACAGCAAUGAUGUACUAAUUAGCAGAAAGUAAAUCCAUUUUCAUUUUUUUUAAGUUUCGGAUAAGGGGGACGAGCCUAGAGUUAAGUGAAGAGUCCAAAAAUGGUCGCGCGCCUUUCCUGUUAAGCGGCACAGGGAAGCAAAUCAAUUCGAGAGGCAUCAAUGGAGUCGUUCUUCUGUACGCUAUGUCCUGCAAAGCUUCCUUCUCUCAAGUUCUAUUAUUCAAUGGCUGUCACUCCUCCUUCGUCUCUGACUUGCGCCUCCGUGAUGGAAUCUCCCUCACGGCGAAAAUCAGCCGCUCCGAGAAACCGCUCUUCGAAACCCAUCUCCCAGACGGCUUCCCCUCAAAUACCCACGACUCCAACCACCAGUAAUUCCGACUCCACCGCUCCCAUCUCCGCCGCGCCUCCCAAAAAGGUCCUUGUUCCCAUUGGAUUUGGCACUGAAGAAAUGGAAGCUGUGAUAUUAAUCGAUGUUCUGCGGCGAGCUGGUGCAAAGGUCACUGUUGCCUCAGUGGAACCGCAGCUAGAGAUUGAGGCUGCAGCUGGGAGUAAGCUAGUUGCUGACAUCUCCAUUUCUGAUUGUUCUGAUGAAACCUUUGAUCUCGUGGCUUUGCCGGGAGGAAUGCCGGGCUCGGCUAGGUUGAGAGAUUGUGAAGUUCUGCGCCGAAUUACGAGCAAGCAGGCUGAUGAAGAGAGGUUAUAUGGUGCCAUAUGUGCAGCUCCAGCUGUCACCCUUCUUCCAUGGGGCCUCCUAAGAAAGAAGCAGGUUGUUUACUUUGGUUACGGGAUUGUCAGUAAUAUAUGGAUGCAGGACGAACUGUGCUUGUAUUUGUAUGUUUCAAUUGCUAAUUGUUCUGUAGCGUGUAAUGCAAGAUCACAUGCCACCCAGCAUUCAUGGACAAGCUCCCCACCUUCUGGGCUGUUAAAUCAAAUCUUCAAGUUUCAGGAAAAGUUACUACGAGCCGCGGGCCUGGAACAUCUUUUCAGUUUGCUUUAUCCUUUGUGGAUCAGCUGUUUGGGGAGACAGUUGCCAAGGAAGUUGCAGAGAUGUUGAAAGGAAGAGUUGAACCCCACAGAGUGGUCUUUUGAACAUAAUCCUCGUGUGCUAAUUCCAAUUGCUAAUGGCUCGGACGAAAUUGAAGUAGUUACCAUUGUCGACAUUCUGAGGCGAGCCAAUGUGGAAGUUGUGGUUGCUUCAGUUGGAAAAUCUGUGCAAAUUUUGGGAUCACAAGGUACAAAAAUGGUUGCAGACAAGUUCAUUGACGAGGCUGCUGAAUUUGCCUAUGAUCUUAUAGUUCUCCCGGGUGGAAGUGCUGGAUCAGAUCGCCUUCAGAAAUCAAAAGUUCUAAAGAAGCUACUGCAGGAACAAGAUGCAGGUGGAAGAAUAUACGGAGCAGUUUGCUCCUCCCUAUUCGUUCUGCAGAAGCACUGUCUGCUAAAGGAUAAGAGAAUCGCUGCACAUCCUAGCAUUGGUAACAAGUUAACGAACGAAAUGGUGAAUAGCGCAAAGGUAGUCAUUGAUGGAAGGUUGAUUACCUGCAAGGGACUUGCUACUGUAAUGGAUUUCGCACUAGCUAUAGUGACGAAGUUGUUUGGUCAUGCUAGAGCAAGAAGUGUUGCUGAAGGCCUUGUGUUGGAGUAUAUUAGAACUUGAGAGAGAGAGAGAGAGAGAGAGAGAGAGAGA